AUGUCGUCUCCUACGCCUGACAACUACGUGGGCCUUAUGGCUCCCUGGAAGCCAAUUGCUGGAUUUGCCAUGAAGAACGUUAAUAGCGUUCAUGAUAGAAUCGAGAUCGAUCACUCCACGAAAGAUGGAGAUGUAGCUACGACAGACAGCAUCGGUGCUACCACCGGCUUUGAUGAUGAUGCACAGGCCAGUGGCACGGGCAUUGUCAUCACAAGUCAGGGUCAAGGCAACAUUGCACAGCGUGAUGGCAUGGAGACUUCAGGGACCGACAGCACUGGCGCGAACGUUAUCGUCGAUGAUGACAUUCAAGUCAGUACCACUUUUAGUUGUCAUGGCAGGUACAAUGUUGGUGUUAACAAUCCGCAACAGGAUGACUCUGAAAUAGAAGACUCAGCAAUUGCAGAUAUUGACGACAACAUCGAUGCUGAUGGUAGCAUUGGUGAUGGAGCUCAGAUCGAUGGCGCAGAUGGCACAGACACAGACAACGAUGCACCUCAACCCAUUGACACGAAAUGUGUGGCAGUCUCAACAUGCGUUGCUAACUCUGGUGAUCAUCGAAAGGUUGUUUCACACAUCUUUGGUCGUAAUAAAGCUUGCACUCGAGACCUGCCCAAUGACCUCUGGAUUUUUUGGUGCCGCAAGCAUUACCAGAGAUUCAAAUACCGUGCCGAAGAUGCCGAAAACUGGCAUACUAUCCAACUGGGCCUAGUUAGGAAUCAGCUGCAGACGUUUGAAGACUGGGGCCAUGUUCGCAACUGGACCAUCGCUUUGCGUAAAACUGAGCAGGAUGCUCUAGCUAAGGAGAACAAGAAUGGUGUUACCUAUACCAACUACAUCUCCUCGUGCUGGGAGCGAUUCUUAGUCCCAUACCUUGGCUCAAGCAAGAGCUUCGCUCGAGUACGGGAAGUUCUCAACGUCAUUGAACGCAAGUUCAACGAAGCAGAGUACCGCAACCGCGACAAGAAGUUGAAGACGUUCCCUGGUGUCGAGUUCCUGCCUGCCGUUCAGAAAACCAAAGAGGUCAAGAAGCCCGCCGCCAAGAAGGGCGAGAUCGGCUACAAGAAGAUCACACUGGACCAACCCGCGUUCAAUCGCAAGACCCGUGCCAACAUCCAAUUCAUCAAGGACAUGGCCGCGAAGAAGGCCGAAUCCUCCCCUUCCCCCAAGCGCUCCGGCACAGGACCGGCGAAGGACAAGUCGCCUGACACCGACAGCGCCUCCGACGCCUCUGCCACCAAAAAGCGCAAGACUCCCGCUGCAGACAUUGCGACCAACGACACCGCCCACCACAAGCGCAAUCCGCUUGACACCACCGCCGUGACCCCCACCUCUAAAGCGCUCCCCACCAAGCGCACGUCGUUCACCACCACCACCGAGACCCCACCGACCUUCACGUCCAAAGCGCUUCCCACCAAGCGUCGCCGUCUCACACGCGGCUACGAGAAGCACGCAUCCGAAGGCGAGGAUACCACAUUCAUGGAGGAGGAGGAGGAGAAGGGCACGGAGUGA